AUGUCUGAGGCCAUUUAUGACAAGCCAGAUAUGACCAAGAAGGUCAAGUUUGACAAAGGUGAAGCUGAGGAGAGGAUUGUGGACAUCUACGUCAUUGCAGACACCCUGAGGGACCAUGAGACCAGUGUGAAGCCCACUCCUAGUGGAGAGGAAGAGUAUGACGCAUGGGCUGAGCAAACCACCCAUUUUCUAGAGGAAUGGCAGUGCACCGACAAUGUGAAAAAACAGAGAAUAACAGAAAGUCUUAAAGGGCCUGCUGCUGACAUUGUGAGGUUCUUUAGGACCGGAAACCCCCAUGCUACAGCGAUCGAAUACAUGAAGGCUCUAGAAACCGCAUUCGGUACCACCGAAAGUGCACCUGAUCUCAUGGUAAGGUUCAGAAACACAUUCCAGAGUGAAGGAGAGAAGCUUUCAGCUUACCUGUUGAGACUUGACAAAUUGCUGCACACUGUAUAUCGAAAAGGAGGCAUUGAGCUGUCAGAGAUGAAUCGCACACGCAUUGGCCAAGUAGUGAGAGGUGCAUCCUCACAUGACAUGGUUGCGCUUCGUAUUCGCAUGACCUAUAAGCUGCGUGAUCCACCAACCUUUACUGAGCUGCUGCAGGAAGUAAGGGAGGAGGAGGACAUGAUUCAAGACAGGAACACAACGAAGAGUGUUGUGAAGUCAUCAGCUGUUGCUCCUGUUGCUACAGUUUGUGAAGAAGCUAAUACUGAGAUAGAAGUGCUGAGAAAAGAGCUAAAAGGUUUGAAAAUUGAAAUGACACGUCUCAUGUCUGCUAACGUCACAGCAGCUCACUCUGACACAAAAAGGUCAGAUGUUGCAUUUAAAAGCAAAAAGAAAAGGGUAAAUCCAUCACAAGAACAGACACAGGCCGACAGAAACCCUGGAGUGUUCUGUUAUAGAUGUGGAGAAGAUGGCCAUUUCAAGAGAAACUGUGAAGGUGAAGAGAACUUGAGGAAAGUCAACACACGCCUGAUCAAACAAAAACGGUCUAUGGGAAACUACAGAGGGACCCAGUAA